AUGACAGGUGGACGUUCGGUGGUGAUGACUGCCACGGAUCCGAGCCACGUGGCGCGCGGAGGGGAGGGUGUGAUUGAAGGGAAGGCCGUUCUAGCGAAGCCAUCGCUGCUGCCACCGGAGGCUCCUAACAAGCUUACAGAGCUCUAUGAUAAGGAGGGGCAAUCCCCGUGGAUUGACAACCUGACGCGCGAUUGGGUGGCAUCGGGUCAUCUCAAAGAGCUGAUUCGACGUGGCGUGAGAGGCAUCACCAGCAACCCUACGAUCUUUGAAAAGGCGAUUAAUGGGACGGACGUGUAUGAUCAGCAGCUUCGGGACAAAUUGAUCCGUGAGGGCGUGCUACAGGAGGGAGGGAUGGCGCAGAGCCAUGGGGAGGUGGAGAGGGUGGUGGAGGGAGCGUAUUGGGAGAUGGUGAAGCAAGAUAUCGCCACUGCUGCUGCCUCGUUAGAAGAGCUGUUCCAUGAAUCUAACGGUGAGUCUGAGAGUGCUUAUAGGGAGUAUAGGGAGGCAGAGAGCCAUGGGGAGGUGGAGAGGGGGGUGGUGGAGGAGAAUGCUUAUAGGGAGAUGGCGAGGCAAGAUAACACCACUGCUGCUGCUUCGUUAGGAGAGCUAGUCAGUUUGGGGGUGUUCGAAGCUUGCAAAAUCAUUAGUUGUAACCUUAUUGGAAUAUUUUCUUGUUCUAAGUACCAUCUCUCAUCCAGCCAGUCAAUGCCUGCCACGUCAUCAGGUGGCGAUGGGUUCGUCUCCCUUGAAGUCUCGCCGAAGCUAGCCUAUGAUGCGCCAGGUACGGUGUCGCUGGCUCGGGAGCUUCACGCCGACCUGGCUCGGCCGAACCUGAUGGUCAAGAUCCCUGCCACCGAGCCUGGCGUGGCUGCGAUUCAAGAGAUGAUUUCCCGCAUGAAGAACAUCAAUGCCACUCUCAUCUUCUCUCUGACGCCCUACGGCGAGGUGAUGGAGGCUUACGUGGCAGGCCUGGAGGACGCUGUGGCAGCUGCCAACGUGGCAGCAGACGCCCUGCCACGUGUCAACCUCUCCUUUGUUGCGUCGGUGGCUUCGUUCUUCAUCUCUCGUGUCGACAGCGCCGUUGACAAGCGUCUCAAGGUGUGUGUGGGUGAGGGGGUGCGUCUGUGGGCCAUCGGAACAGAGGAAGCAUUGGCUCUGUUGGGAAAGGCAGCACUGGCACAGGCAGUGGUGGCAUAUGACAUGUUCAAGACCAAGUUCAGCGGUCCCAGGUGGGAGGCUCUGGAGCAGCUGGGAGCACGGGUGCAGCGACCAUUGUGGGUGUCAACAGGAGUGAAAGAUCCGUCGUAUCCGGACACAAUUUACAUCGAUGCUCUGAUUGGUCCACACUCGGUCAACACCAUCCCUGACGCCACCCUUCUUGCCUUUGCCGACCAUGGGGAGGUGAAACGCACUGUAGAUGCUGACGUGGAUGCUGCCUAUGCUGUGCUGGAUCGUCUCGAGGCUGUUGGAGUGGACAUGGAGGAAGUUGCCCAGGAGGUGGAGGCUGAUGGCGUUGGCAAGUUCGCAAAAUCAUUUGAUGACCUGCUUGCUGCUCUUCAGUGCAAGGCCACCAUGAUAAGUGACAGAAGCAUCAACUAG